ACUUGCUUAUCGCACUCACCCAAACUCAGUCCCUCGUCAUUUCUCAUAAGAAACUUAUAAGAGGGACAGUAAACCUGAGUUUCUUGAUUUUGGGUUUAUUUAAAAAUCAAUUUUUUUUCAUUCUUUCGUUGAAUUUCGGUGGGUCAGUAUUUAUCUAAAGUUUUCAACUUCGAUUUUGUUGACGUUGCUAAAGCUGAUGUCAGUUCCUCUCUUCAACAUUGCUCCCAAUCUUGCUGUUUCAAGACUAUGCUUAGGAACGAUGACUUUUGGGGAGCAGAACACACUGUCUCAGUCAUUUCGCCUUCUUGACGAAGCCUUUGAUGGCGGCAUCAACUUCUUUGACUCAGCAGAAAUGUAUCCGGUGCCUCAGCGGGCUGAGACUCAGGGUAGGAGUGAGGAAUAUCUUGGCCGGUGGAUUAGAGAAAGAAAAAUCCCCAGGGAUCGUGUUGUAAUUGCAACAAAGGUUGCUGGACCAUCUGGGCAGAUGACAUGGAUUAGAGGCGGUCCAAAAUGUUUGGAUGCCAGCAAUAUUAUUGAAGCCAUUGAUAAUAGUUUGUUACGCAUGCAAAUGGAUUAUAUUGAUCUUUAUCAAGUUCAUUGGCCUGAUCGGUAUGUUCCAAUGUUUGGAGAAACUGAGUAUGACCCAGUUCGUCAAUACCCUUCAAUUGGUAUAGAUGAACAACUUGAAGCUCUCGGAAGAGCUGUCAAAGCUGGGAAGAUCAGAUAUGUUGGUCUUAGUAAUGAAACUCCAUAUGGCAUGAUGAAGUUUAUUCAGGUUGCUGAAAAAGAUACUUGCUACCCAAAGAUAGUAACUCUGCAGAAUUCAUAUAACCUGCUAUGUAGAACUUUUGAUUCUGCAUUGGCUGAGUGCUGCCAUCAGGAGAGAAUAAGCUUGUUGGCCUACAGUCCCCUGGCAAUGGGUAUCCUUACAGGGAAAUAUUUUUCCCCUGGUGGUGGUCCGACAGAUGCUCGGUUGAAUCUUUUUAAAGGGAAAUAUUCAGAAGGAGAAUCCAGAUACAACUUGUCCAAUAAAAUUAUAAAGGCUGCGGCUGCGGAGCACCUUACCAUUGCAAAAACUUAUGGUCUUCAUCCUGUUUCUCUAGCAAUAGCCUUUGUUUUGCGGCAUCCACUCGUCGCCAGUGCUGUUUUCGGGGCAACUAAAUCCUGGCAACUCCAGGAGGUGCUUAAUGCAUGCAAGGUUGAGCUCACAUCUGGUGUAAUUGAAGAAAUUAACAACAUUCAUUCAAGGCUUCCCAAUCCAUGUCCCUGAUUAAAAAAAAAUGCAUACAAUAGGUUAUAAGCUGGUUGUUACUAUUACAUCAUUAUAAAAUUGGAAGAAUAUCAAAUGUACCAAGAACACCAGUGUUCGAGUAGUAUAAAUCGAUGAUCUUAAUUAUAAAAAAAUAUAUAUAAUAUAUAUUAAUUGAAAUCAAUGAUUAAAAUCAUUGGAACAUUGGUAUUCCGGGUACAUGUUAAAAUUUUCCUAUAAAAUUGAUCAAGCAUGCGAAGUUAAUGAAAAUUGAAAUUUAAUAAACUUUUAAUAAACGAGCAGAGUAGCAGAUCUUACAGAAUAUUUGUUGGUUGAACGUUAUCUAGCAAUAUAGUUGGGGCUGUA